GUUUGCGGCGAAAAAGUACACAAACAAAACAACAAACGAAAUUUGGUUUGAUUUCUACGCGCUGUGCAGUCGAGCGCCCGAUUUCAGUAAAUUUGUUGCGAUUGUGCAUGGUAACGUGCGGGAGACGGUGUCAAUUGUGUGCGGAAUCUAUUGAGUGUCGAUUACGCGAGAUUCGGGAGAAGUAAAGUCACGGUUGAAAGUUCAAGCGUUUGAGAUCGGCUCGCGGCAAGGUCGAUCUGAAAAGCGGUGAAAUCGCGUCUACAGCUGGGAUUUUCUCUUGAGUGCAGGUGCAUUGCGACAGGAAACACCGCAGGAACAGCAGCAACAUGACAAGCGUAGAUCAGAAAAAAAUGUUCAACAAACUCAAGCACGACCUCGAAAGUUGGCGUGAAGUCAUUUUGCACACAAAUUCCCUACUCAAAUGGGAUAAGAAAUUCUAUCCAGGCAUCAUUUUUGCUGUCAUCUCGAUUUUCUACUUGCUGCUUUGGUAUCUGGAUCUUUCCACGCUUACAUUGAUAUCGUUAAGUCUCCUAGUUGUAACAAUCAUCGAUUAUGUUUUCCCGCUCGUGUCGCGAAUCGUUUUCAAAACAGAAAACUGGACGGGAACACAAGAGAACAAAUUCGAGGAAAUCUGCCAAGAGCUGUGCGCAACGAAGAUAAAAUUAUGUUCGUUUUAUAAUUACAUAUUUACUGCCAAAGAAGAAAAGUCAACAAUGUUCCUCAUCAGUGUGUCAUUAAUUCUCGUUCUGCUCGCUUGGAUCGGAUCAGUCAUCGACAACUUGUUCUUAUGUUUCAUAACGACAUUAUUCGCUGCGUUGUACCCUGGACUGUCGCAUCACGGCUUCAUCGGCACCGUAAAAGGGAAGUUCGGAGCAGUGCUUUCAUCCAAAAUCCAACAAAUAAAAGAAAAGGCAUCAAAAACUGAAUAAGUUAAAGUAGAAACAGAUUAAUGUUGCUCCGACCUCGGGGAUUUUAUUAGUAUAAUCUACACUUAUAUAAUUAUUAUAUUCAUCAGGAAAUAUCCAUACACAUAGAAACACAAGUAAACGCUAUCUGCAUCACCACUGCAAAGAAAAUGUUUCCAAUAAGGGAGAAUUGUUUUGCCCACAAUUAGACGCAUAGAUUAGAAGUUGUGCGAUCAAAACUGUCCAAAAAACUAUUCCUGGCACAGAUUCAAAAACAGGAAUGUAUUCAUACAUACACACUUUUGCACUAAAUUGACUUUUAAGUGGUCUUGCGUUGAUAGAAAUAACCAAAAACUACCGAGACAAAUCGGUCAUUGGCUGUAGGGAAUAUCAUUUGCUUGCGAUUUGAUGGAGCCAGUUUGAGAGAGCUUUGCACCAUUUUGCUCCUUAGUCAUGACUCGAUAAAUAAAACGAUUUGCAUUCCGAUUAGGAAGCAACAACAGAUCGUCGUACCGCUCCAAUGAAUCAAACCAGCAAAUGAGUAUAAAUCAAAGUAAUAUCUUGUCAUAACUCUAUUUCCAUUGUUUCCUGCUUAUAGUUUUAAGUUUCUUUCGUGUAAAUGUACGGUUAGGUGUCAUAUUUGUUUUACUGUGUUAUUUGUCUGUAGCCAUACAGUUAAAUUAUAGCCGAGUAUUGUCUUGAUGGGAAAAGUCCGGCUUCACAUUGAGUUUCGGUCAAAUGAUUCUUUUUGGAAAUUACAUUUUAGGGGAAUGCUCUUCCACUACUGGGAUCAUCAUUUUAACCAUAAUUUACGCUUACAUUUUCUUCUCAUGGCCAAACCAUUGAAUAGUAUUUCCAUCUCAUCACAUUUCGCAAAAUAUUUUUUAAGGUAGCUUCUUGUAAUUCAUUCAGCUUUGGUUUAUUACAUCCUCGAACCAACAAAAGGAACAAAACGAAUAAAACUAGCUCUUAAUGCGAAUUUAUAAAUGAAAUAAAUGUGAGGAUGAGAAAACAUGAAGUGCAUGUACAUUUGAAGUAGAACCCAUAAGAGAACUUUGAUCAUCACAUGUAAUUUUUAAGCUUUUUGUGAUUACCAAAACUACUGAAAUAAAAUGAAAAAGUUGAAUAAGUA